CUAUUUCAUCUCUCGCCGUUCUGAUAUGAAAAAGAGAAAAGAGCCCUGGGAUCGGGGUUGGACUCCCCUCGGAUUUGCAAAAAGCUUCGCUCGUAAGAAGCGAGCGGUGUGUACACAUAGUCCGAAUAGUACGAUUCACAACAACAAGAAUCAUGAGUAAAAUCAUCAGAAAAGUUAUCAGCACUGUUAAAGCUCCAAAAGCUAUUGGACCAUAUAGGAAAUAGAUUUAAGAGCUGUCUAUGGUACAUUUUAAAGCCUACAUCAUCUUGGAAACCAUUGAAGAUUUUUCAAAAAGGGAUUUUGGAAUUGUUUAUGUAUGGUUAAUGUUUCAGACAAUGGAUUUUGUAAGCAAUGAUGUACAAGAGCAAACAAAACAGGCUUUAACUAACAUGAAAGCAAUCCUUGAAGCAGCAGGCUCUUCAUUUGCAAAUGUUGUGGAGACGACAAUAUUGCUUGCUGAUAUAAACGAUUAUAAAGCGGUGAACGAUGUCUACGCCACAUUUUUUAAAGCACCUUUUCCAGCGAGAGCUGCAUUUGAAUGUGCUAAUCUUCCCAAGCGCGGUAAAGUUGAAAUUCGUGCUAAAGCGAUUGUCGGACCACUGGAGGAUAUUGAAUUGUCAUCUAAGUUAUAGUUGUUUGGUAAAGUAGAAAUUAAAGCGAUGGCCAUCGUUGGAGAAGUUCUUGAUUCGUGAAUUGUCACCGUAAUUUGUUUUUUAGAACUGUUGAUAAAAUUGAAAAAUUGUGGUAGUAGUUCAACCUUUUCCCCAGGACUUGUUACGCUUUUUAUAUUUGGACGGCCUCAACAAUUCGUAGCCCGUUGAAUUAUGUGAUUUUUACGGCCAAUUAAAUUCGUCACGUGACCGGCCAGCACUUUGUUUAGGCCGUCCAAAUAUAAAAGGCCCACCAAGUCUUAGGAUGAGGCUGUUAGUAGUUUUGUCUCGCAAUUUUUUUAUAUUUUAAUAAAUUCUUAUUUACAAA